CAGCUGUUCGCUUCAAUCUGACGCCGAGGUCCCUUUAAGCGUUGCCAUGGCGACAGUGUUUGUGUUCCGGUUCUGCUCGGCGCAUGCGCGCGGGAGAGUCGCUCGGCUAAGCAAACAUUUCACGAAUGUCGUUCGCAAUGGCGCAUUACAGAGUGUCCGACUCCAAGCGAGAGCAGUUCAGGAGAUAUCUGGAGAAGGCUGGCGUUCUCGAAAGCCUCACCAACGUCCUGGUGGCUCUGUACGAGGAAACCGAGAAACCCAGCAAUGCCUUGGACUUCAUCAAGCAUCAGCUGGGCGUGGGACCCGAGGCAGAAGAUGCUGAGAGUCUGCGGCUGGAACUGAACACUUUACAGCAGAAAUAUGAUCAGCUGAUGGAGGAGAACAAAGAGCUGAGGAGCAAGCUGCUGCAGUACGAGCCGGCGCAGGACGGCGGAACAGAAUAACUCCUCAACACUUCACACAUCUCUUCACAUCAGUAGAAGUCUUUGAGUUAGUUCGUUUUGUAAUAAAUGUAUGAGGUGAAUUUUUUUUUGUUUGUUUUUCAGCCAAAUUGUGCCUGAUAUUUAAUAAAAGCAUUUUUUGCACUGUU